UCUAAUUAUAUUGUUUCUCUGGAAAAUGAAAGACCUUCACCUACAAUUUUAUCUUCUGAAAAUUUACUAUGUCAUGAGUUUCUUGAGGUUUUGAUAGUUUGGGAAACAGUUUUAGUGUCCUCUUCUGAAGGCUUGCCUCUCCUCAUUUCUUGGCAAAUCUGUGUUUUCCAGUUGUUGCAAUCAUCAAUUUUUGGGUUUUGUGUGUGUGUGUGUGUGUGUGUGUGUGUGUGUGUGUGUGUGUUGUGUAUUGGUUGUACCUGAUUAGUCAGCUUCCUUCAAGUGUUGUCUUGUCUUCAACAUUAUAGACUGUAACCCUAAGUCACAUAAGAUGCAGUUGAAGCAAUUGCUAUUCAGUCCUAAGAUAUUUUGCAAGCUUGGUGUUUUUUUAUAAUUUUAAUUUUGUUUUUGUUUUUUGAGGACAAAGUUUCUCUAUGUAGCCCUGGCUGUCCUGAAAGUAGGUAUGUAGAACGUGCGGCCUCAAACGUAAAUGGUCCACCUGACUCUGGCUCCAGAGUGCCAGGAUUAAAUGUGGGCCAAUGUGCCCAGCUUUUUCUUUAUUUGUUCGUUUGUAUAUUAUUGCCUGAUGGGUUGGACAGUGGGUUUUGGCACAUGUCAAGCAUAUGCUGCUGUGUUGAUCUUCAUCCACGUUACAAAUUUUGAAAUGUGAUAGAGAGCAUAUUCUGUUUCUCAGGAUGGCAUGUAUUAAUGACAUUCAUACAUAUCAUUCAUGACAUUCAUAUGCACAUCAUGUAUGCCUAAUCCCCAUAAUAGUCAGAAAAUGGCUUCAGAAUUCCUGAACUUGGACUAAUCAAUACUUGUGAAGCUCAUUUCUAACUACUGGCAAUUGAGGCCAAUUAUUUUAAGACCAGCAAGACCUCUUCACUGCUGAGCCAGCUCCUGUCCUAUGUUGCUUAUUUAGGAUCAACAUUUACAUUGCCAAUAUUUUCAGUUAUCUGUUUGUAUCUGUUUAAACAUUCAUUCCCUUUUAGUAAGAUCUCAUUACUGUUACAGUUUAAACUGGGCUACCUCAAGAUUCUGGAAGAAGAAUACAGAAGUACAGUGAAUGUAAUUCUUUGUAGGAACUCUAGUAAAAACCUCUGACUCCUUUCUAUCUUUCUUGUUUGUUUGAUUGAUUUUUCAUAGGAGAGACAGGGUCUUAAUAUGUACCUCUGGCUGUCCUGGAUAGACCUCAGAUAUACCUGCCUCUGCCUCCUGAGUGCUUGAAUUAAAGUCAUGAGCCUAUAUGCUCACUUGAUAUUUUUUUGCAGUUAGUAAUUGUUCAUACAAUUUCUCUGUGCUCAAUACUGCGCCUCCUCCUCUCCAUUAAUUAGCAUUUCUCUUGCAAGGCUAUAUCCUACUCAAAGAGCAAAGAAAUGACAGAGGUGAACCUUAUUACUCAGUUUUCUUCUAAGAUGAUUUGGUAAUUACAUUAGAACGUCUGGGUCAAGAAAUAAGUGGGUUAAGCACCAGAAGCAUACAUUUACAGUGAUAUCGGUAUCAUGGUUACUGUUGUACAAAUGUAUGGGAUGUUUCAGGACGCAUUGACCUAUGAUGAUGUACAUGUGAACUUCACUCGAGAAGAAUGGGCUUUGCUGGAUGCUUCACAGAAGAGUCUCUAUAAAGAUGUGAUGCAGGAGACCUAUAGGAACCUCACUGCUAUAGGUUACAAUUGGGAAGACCAUAGUUUUGAAGAACAUUGUCAAAGUUUCAGAAGAUAUGGAAGGUAUAUCCUGUGUCACAAUGGAUACAAGCCAUGUGAGCACAAGGAUAGUGAAAGGAGCAAUGCCCCCCACCCCCAGAACAAUUAA